AGUCCUACCCUUAAUAUGGCAGCAAAAACCUCAACAAUAACAGAAAGUCAAACACUAGAUAUUGAUGAUCUUGCUGAGUUACUUGAUUUACUAAAGAGGCACGGGUAUUCUGGUACUAGCUACUAUGAUCUUGGUCUGUUUCUGGGUCUGAUCACUCGUACACUUGAUGUUAUUUCCAAAAAUCACAGUGGUGAUGUUAGUGCUGGUCUGAGAGAGUGUUUGAAAGCAUGGCUGCAACAAGCUGAUAAUGUGAAGGAAAAAGGUGUUCCCAGUUAUUAUUCGUUAAUACAAGCAUUGAGGAAACUGGGGGAGAAUGCUGUAGCUGAUGGGAUUGAUAGACAAAAGCAUCCUGCUUGUGCUAUUUUCACUGCACAGUGUGAAUCAAAUGAAUGUAUUGUGGAUGUCCUUCCUCGGCUUGUUAUGUUUCUUGGCAUGGAAAAGAUUAUAAGUGAGAUGUUAGUGCCUACUACUGGAGAAGGACCAGUGCUGCUUGAGGCAAUAAAGAGGUCUAUUUGUUUUGAUUAUCAUAAUCUGGAGAAAUUUGCUACUGUUCUUAUGAGAUUAAAUGCUCAAUCAGUCACAUCAAUAGCACAUUCCUUGCUAAAGGAUUACAGGAAAGCUUUUCCUGAUGAUUAUUUUACAAUUGUUUCUAAGGAGAAUAUAAAUAUUAGUUUGCCCUUAAAACUAACUCCAGAGUUUACAAAGAUACGUACCAUGUUUACUGACCUAAUUGAUGACGUAGCUCAAGCUAUAAAUAAUUCUGUGACAUAUGAAAAUUUAAAAAGAUACGUUGGCCGCAAUAAGGAUUUACGUCCUCAUUUAGCUCAUUGUAAGAAUACUGAUGAAAUUAUAGAGCUGAUUGGUGAUGAAUGUUCACUCAUUAAUGUUGGUUUAUUGGAAGGUAUUGUGGAAAAAUAUGAAGUGAAGGAAGCAGAAUCAUCAAUACAGAAAUAUAAAAAUGAGAUUGAAACUUUCCAUAAAGAAGGACGACCUCUUCGGCAGUUUUUAGACCAGUACUUAGCUCCUGCCUCUCCUCUUCAGUGUGAAACAGCAACCAUUCUUGUUCGUAAAGAAGUAAAGGAUUACGAACUAAGAGAUAUCAACGUUUUGAUGAUUGUUGCCUUUGAAACAUUGGCACCAAAUGUUCGAGUACACGUUAUUAAAGAAGGCAACUCCUUCACCAUCACUUGCUCCUUUCUUGUCCUUCUCUCUGAGUCACUUAUUGCUACUGCACUUGAUAAUAUUGACUCACUCAUUGAGAGAGGAGUAAAGAAACUAACCAUUGGAUACAGUACUGUAUAUGAUCAUGAUAAGCUAUUUCAGCAUGAAGAAGCAGCAACUUCUAAAAAAUAUAUCAUGAAUUCUGAAAUGAAACAGCAGUUGUAUGCAUCAGUUUACAGCAGUCAAGGUACAAUGGAGCAGUUACUAAUAUCAAGGACCAUACAACUACUGAAUAGUGAAGAGGAACUGGCUAGUGUUCAACAACUGAAAGAGAAGAAUGAGAAACUGGAGGCUAAAGUUAAAGUAUCAUCAGGAAUGAAGUGGGAGGUAGAUCAAUUAAGAACAAGAGAGAAGGAGAAUGUUGAAGAGCUUAAAAUGUUACAAGAGAAAAUUUCUAUGCAAGGUGUGGAAAUAUUAGAGAAAAAAGACCAACAGAAACAGCUGCAGAAGUCUUUGGAAGAAAAAGAAAAGGAAAUGAAAGCUGAGCUACAGAAAAUAGAUGGAUUAUUUUACAGUUUCUUGCAAGAGAAGGACACUGAGUUACAGGAAGUCAUUCAAAUGCAGCUGGUUAAUGACACUCAACAUUUACAAGGUAUAGAAUAG